AUGUGCGCCGCCGACGGCUCGGUGGAGCGCGAACGGGCGGAGCUCUCCGCGGACGUCGUCGUCGAGGGCCACGCGGCGUCGCCGCUGGCCAUCGCGGCGGCGAUCCGGGAUUUGAAGGUCGACGUCCUCGUGGACAUGUGCGGCCACGCGGGCUCGUCCGACGUCGCGCAAGUCCUCGCGCAUCGGCCGGCGAGGGUCCAGAUCCAGGGCGCGCUGGGCACGCCCGCGCCCAUGGGCGGCGCGGGCAUCUUCGACUGGUGCCUCUGUGAUGGUGUCGUGGCGCCGGAACACCUGAAAACCGCCGCGGGCUGGGGGGCGGGCGACCACGGCGCGCUGCGGCUCCCGCGCACGUACUUCGUCGGCGACGCCGAGGCGUACAAGCGCCACGAGCUCGACGGCGUCAGGACGGCGCGGAGCGACCACGGCCUGCGGGACGGCGCCGUCGUGCUCGCCUGCAUGAACCGGCCGCACAAGGUCGACCGCGACGGCUUCGACGGCUGGGUGGGAGUGGUCCGGGACCUCGCGCACCCGGCGGACGGCGCCGAGCCCGUCGACGCCGUGCUCUGGCUCUACGCGCCGGCGACGGGCGACGGCGAGAGUCUGCGGGAUCGGGCGCUGCGGCGCGCGGCGGCGCUGCUGCCCGGCGGCCUCGCCGAGGCGACGGAGCGGGUCGCGUUCGCGGGGCCGGCGAGCCGCCCCCAGCACCUCGAGCGACUCCGCCACGCGGACCUGGCCCUGGACACGCGCCACUACAACUCGCACACGCUGGCCUGCGACUACGCCUGGGCCGGCGUGCCCCUCGUGACGGCGCUCUGCGACGACGAGCCGCGGUGGGCGUCGCGCGUCGGCGCGUCGGCGACGCUGGCGGCGACGCGGUACCCCGAGAUCGCGAAACCCCUCGUCGCCACGGACUGGGGCGCGGCCUACGCCGAGGUCGCGAUCGCCCUCGCCCGCGGCGGCGACCGGCGGCGCGCGCUGUCCGUCGCGCUGCGGCGGGGCCGCGUCGACGCGCCGCUGUGGAGCGGCCGGAGGUGGGCGGACGGAUUCCGGCGCGCGCUCGCGGCGGCCCUGGGCGACGGCGCGGGCGGCGACAUCGACGUGCCGCCGCUCGUGGACAGCGCCCACUGCAUCGUGUUGGCGAGCGCGGCGCGGCGCGUGGAGAACUUUGAACGGCUCGCGGCCGCGGCGCCGGAGAUCAAGCGGUUUAAAGCCGUCGAGGGCGGCGCGCCGGACGCGGUGGGCCAGGCCAUCAAGGACCUGGGGAUCACGCUCGCGACGGACGUCUGGCAGGCGACGGUGGGGCAGGUCGCGUGCCUGUGCUCCCACGCGUCGCUCUGGCGGCGCUUCUCCGCCUGCCCGAAGCCGCACUUCGUGGUUCUCGAGGACGACGCGCGCUUUCCCGCGGGCGCGGACGCGUUCCGCCGGGCCGUCGACGACGUCGUCCGCGGCGAACCCUUCGACGUGUGCUACCUCUACGUCUACCCGGACCACUGGCCGUCGCCGCCGCGCGUCGCGGACGAUCCGAACCGGUUCCGCGUGUCGACGACGCCGGGCUUCCGGACGUGGUGCCUCCUGGCCUACGUCGUCUCGAAGCGGGGCGCGGAGAAGCUCCGGCGGCUGAUCGAGACGGAGGAGGUCUACGCGCCCAUCGACUGCAUGGUCGCGGACUGGGGGUCCCGGGGCCUCCUCGACGUCCGCUGCGUCGACGCGAAGGGCUUCGUCGACAACGCGGGCCAGCUCGACAUGCGCGUCCCGGACGACGCCGACGCCCUGCCCUCCAACAUCUGGGGCACGGCGGACUUCGGGGGCGUCGCCAAGCCCGUCCACUCCCACGCCAUGCCGCCCGUGCCCAAGAUGGUUGCGGCGGUCGUGCUCGAGGAGGAGGACAGGACGCUCGUGCGCGUGCGGGCCAUCACGCGCUUCGUGGUCCUCGAGCCGGACACGCAGACCUGGAACUGGAGCCUCGGCGAGGCCGGGCGGCUCCUCUCGGAGCUCAGCGCGGCGUACCGGGGCCUGGGCUACGACGUGCAGUCGUGCCGCAUCGUGACGAACCCCUUCGGCGAGUUCCUCAACUGCUCGUCGGCGGAGACGGCGCUCGCGGGGCUCGGCGUGCUCCAGGGGUGCCUCUCGGAGCUCGACGACGGCGCGUCGCGCGUCCGGUGCGCCGUCGGCGCGGCGCGGACCGCCGAGGAGCUCGCCCUCGUGCCGGCGAUGAUCGCCGAGUACGGGGACCUGUGCAACGUCUGCGUCAACGUGCCCGGCGACGACCUGGGGCUCGCGGACGCGGCGCUCUGCGACGCGGCGGCGGCGUGCGUCGCCGCGCUCGCGGCGACGACGCCCCGCGGCGAGGGGAACUUCAAUUUCACGGCGAACUUCAACUGCGGGCCGGGCAUCCCCUACUUCCCCGCGGCCUACAACCUGCGGGAGAACGGCGAGAGCUUCGCCGUGGGCCUCGAGCACGGCGGCCUCAUCCUCCGGGAGCUCCGCGCGGAGGACCUCGGGGCCGUCGCGGCGCCGGAGCGGUCCGCGGCGCUGCGGCGCGCGUUCGGCCGCGUGCGCGACGCCGUCGAGGCCCACGUCGCGCCGCUCGUCGAGGCCGCGGAGGCCGCGGCGGCCGCGCGGCAGGUCGCGUUCGCGGGCGUCGACGCGUCGCCGGCGCCCUGCCGCGACGUGUCCAUCUGCGACCUCUUCGCGGCGCUGGGCGUGCCCCGCGUCGGCGCCGCGGGCACGGUCGAGGCCGCGGCGCUCCUGGCGCGCAUGUUCAAGUCGCCGCGCGGCGCGCCGCUCGUCGGCUUCAGCGGCCUCAUGCUGAGCUGCCUCGAGGACGAGGGCCUCGCCGCCGCCGCGGGCCGGGGCCAGCUCGACAUCUACACGUUGCUCCAGUGCUCCUGCGUCUGCGGCAUCGGCCUCGACUGCGUCCCCGUGCCCGGCGACUGCCCCGAGAGCGACGUCGCCGCGCUCCUCCGCGACACGGGCGCGCUCGCGUUCCGCCACGACAAGCCCCUCACGGUGCGCCUCUUCCCCUGCCCGGGGCUCGCCGCCGGCGACAUCGCGGCCUUCGCGAGCGAGGACCUCGUCGACUGCGCCGUCUUCGCCAGCGCCAUGCCCGGCGGCCACGGCCUCGCCCACGGCGCCGCCCAUGCGAACACGGCGUCGGCCUCGCUCAAGCCCGAGGAGACCGUCGAGAGCCGGAAGCAGCGGAAGAAGCGCGAGCGCGCCGCGGAGCAGAAGUACCAGGACGACAAGCUCUGCAGCAGCUCGAACAUCGCGGCCAUGGAGAAAUUGUGCGGCUGCAACACGGAGGGCCUGCUCCUGGAAUCGGCGCUCAAGGAGGCGCGCGCCCUCGGCGACCUCGCGACCUUCGUGCUCUUCCAGCGGAAGAAGCAGCCGCCCGACGUGCGCGCGCAGAUGCCCGGCUGGGACCCCGUCGCGUGCAAGGUCGAGACGCUCGACAACUACGCCGAGGCCUUCGCCGGCCUGCGCCGCGAGGAGAUCAGCCUGGCGAAGAAGCGCACGAUCCACAAGGGCGUGUCCCUGCGCAAGGCGCUCCGCGGCCCGGGCCCGCCGAAGAUCACUCCCAUGGACAUCGCGAAGAUCCACGCGCGGUCCGCGGGCCUGACCGUGCCCGAGUGGCUCGAGGAGCGCAAGAAGCGCGACGAGAACUACGUCGACCGGAAGCGCUACCGGCUCAAGCAGCACGAGGCCCGGGUCGUCGAGAUGGCGAACGACCCGCGGCCGCAGGCCCACGAGUUCGAGGCCGCGUCGGCGGAGCUCGUCGCGGACCGCCUCGGCGACGAGGCCGCGGACGACGGGCGCAAGAAGCGGCGGCGCGUGCGGAAGAUGGAGCGGCGCCUCGCGUCCAUGGCCCUCGUGGAGUGCGUCUACGUCGCGCAGCUCGCGGGCGGCACCCACUUCCAGCUCGGCAACCCGCUCAAGCAGGUCAUGAGCGACCUCUGGUGGGCGCCGGCGUCGACGACGGAGAACUACGCCUUUCUGAGAUCCGAGAACAUCACGCACGUCGUCAACGUGAGCGAGCGCUACCCGAACCACUUCCCCGACGACUUUGUGUACUGCCGCGUCCGCGUGAACAACGACAACGACGACGCCCAGGACACGCUCUACGAGGAGUACGAGAUGGCCUGCCGCUUCAUCCGCCAGGCGCUGGACUGCGGCGGCCGCGUCGUCGUGUCCUGCCCCUCCGGGCUCGACGCGUCCGCGACGUGCCUCAUGGCGUUCCUCAUCUACGACCAGGGCGUGCCCCUGACGGCGGGCUACAAGAUCCUCAAGGUCUUCGAGCCGGAGAUCGGCCUGAGCCGCCAGCACGCCCUCUUCCUGACGCUCUUCGAGAUGGACACGAUGCGGCGGACGUCCGUGUCGCGGAACCACCGCUACCUCGCGAGCCCGCUCUUCAAGCUCUUCCACAAGUUCUGCCCCUACGCGCCCGUCAUGUCCGUCGGCAUCUACUUCGCUCUCGGGUACCUCCAGCUCCCGGAGCCGCGCUACCUCGCCUUCGGGCGGCCGAAGUUCUUCGCGGAUUUGCACCCGGAGCUGAAGCAAAAGGCGGAGAAGCCCAAGGGCGGCGUGCCCCCGGGCAGCCUCAAGGUCGAGGUCAAGUACUGCGGCCCCGUGACGCUGCUCGUCUGCCUCUUCGUGCCCUGCGGCACGCUCGCCUGCUGCUUCCCCUGCGACAAGAAGGCCGUCUACCAGGCGCCCGACGGGCAGCGCUACGACCGCAAGGGCCGCAAGGCCGUGGCGCACCCCGUCGCGCGGGCCCUGCGCGCCGCGGGCCGCGGCGGCGCCUACGCCUGGGACCGGGUGCGCUACGCCUACGCCGCGACGGCCGCGGGCGCGCAUUUCGCGUACGACGCCGUCGACGCGGUCCGCCGCGGCGGCAAGCUCCGGCCCAAGCCGAGCCACUACCUCAAGGAGUACUACGACCGGGCCGACGCCAAGGCGGCGGAGGAGCCCCGGGUGCGCCUGUCCCUGGCGCGCGACGACCAGAAGCUCCACGUCUACGGCGCCGGCGACGCGCCCGCGGCCGGCCCGGGCCGGCGGCCGUCGCUCGCGCCCCUGGACCGCGCGAGCUCCAUCCAGGUCCAGGGCGCGCCGGGCGGCCUCGACAAGAAGCCGUUGGCGCCCAUCAAGCGCCGGAGCACCGUCAAGGUCAAGAAGGCGACGUCGAUGCGCUGGGACGAGGCCACGGAGACGUCCGACGGCACGGAGAAGAGCGGCAACUUCGGCGCGCGGAAGGAGUCGAUCCACUGGCGCCGCCAGGCCAAGCAGAACGAGGAGUACGUCGACGAGGCGUCCGCGUCCUCCAAGCCGUCGGCUCCGGCCGGGACGAAGCGAAAGCCCCUGGAUAAAAAGCUUUACUGCCUCGACACGACGCAGCGCAUCCCGCUCGCGCUCCGGCCGAAGCUCUGGGAGGAGCCCCACGCGGAAUCCUUCUGGGAGCUCUUCUACGAUUUGAUCAUUGUCGUCGCGUUCAUCCGCCUGAGCUCGGGGAAAUAUAAUUUGACGCCCGCGGGCCUCACGACGACGUCCGUCCUCUGCCUCAAUUUCUGGAGCUGUUGGUCCAUGACGAACAUGUACAUCACGAGCUUCGCGCAGAACGAUGUUUUCCACCGGCUCUACUACUCGGGGCACAUCGCGCUCACGUUCGUCAUGACCAUGUACCUCGGCCAUGCUGAAUUUAGCUUUUUCAUUUUCAACGUCCAGGCCCGCGACUUCUCUCUCGCGUCCAUCGCCAUCCGCGUGUUGACGAGCAUCAUGUGGUUCCACGUUUUGUGCAAGAUCCCGCGCGGCCUGAGCGCCGCGGGCCGGGCGCGCCUGCGGCGGUCGACGCUCGUCAAGCUCCUCGGGCUCGCGGCGUCGAUGACCUGCUUCGCGCUCGUGGCGUGGUGGGAGCCGGACUGGGACCCGAAGGGCCACGACAACCCCUGCGGCCGGCGGCUCGCGGACGCCUACGACGACCACGACUACGACGACCUCUACGACGACGGCUACGACUGCGGCCACGAGAUCCACCCUUCCCACUACAAGUCCAUCGCCGCGUGGGGCGCGGCCGUGCUGGUCGAGCAGGUCGCCUUCGUCGGCGCGACCGUGGGAAUGUCCGACGCGAAGGAGCUGCCCUUCCCGUACGAGUACGCGGCCGACCGCAUGCAGGCGUGGAUCAUGCUGUCGUUCGGCGAGUCGGUCAUCGGCCUCCUCAACGACGAGACGCGGCUCGAGACCUACCAGCUCAAGUUCAAGAUCCUCAUCUUCUUCACGGUCAUGGGGCUCUGCUCGGUCUACUUCGACGUCAUGCAGGGGGGGCGCGCGCUCGAGCACUACCGCGCGGGCGGCGACUCGCCGGGGACGCGGGCCAAGGUCGGCGCGUUCUUCGUCGGCCAGGGGCUGCUGAGCCUCGCGAUCUUCUUCCUGGGCAUGGGCGUCAAGGCGCUGACCCACUUCAUCUUCGAAUUCAUCGUCUUCGUCGACGACACGCGGUGCGGCAAGCGCCAGAAGGAGAACGGCCUCUGGCGGCGGCUCGCGGGGGCCGAGGCCCCGGACGUCAUGGCGGCGAACGACGACUACGACGACUUCACGUGGCUCGUCGUCGUCGCCCUGAACGUGGUCUACGGAUCUUGCAUCCUCGUGUCCUACACGAUGCCGACGUCCGCGCCGGCGUGGCGCGUCCACGGCGGCCGCCUCGGGGGCUUCGCCGUCAUGCUCGCGACGAUCUACGUCGCGUCGCACCGCGACAACAUCGCCACGGCCGUCGAGCACGUCGACGACGACCGCUGCGCCGAGUUCCUCGCGACGCAGGACGAGACGCCGGGCGGGUCGUGGGGGGACGGCUACACGGUGACGGAGGCGCUCUUCCUCAGUAUGGUACUGGCGAACGCGGCCAUCGGGCUCGCGCACCUCUCCAUCGAGUUCGAGGCGCCGGCCGUCGACAUAAUCACGCGCGCGGAGGUCUCGCGCCCGCAGCGCAAGUUCUCCAUCAGCCACAACCCGCGCCGGCCCAAGGACAUGGCGGACGUCGUCCUCACCCGCAUGCGCGCGCACGCCGCCGCGCGCAAGAUAAUCCGCCGCUACCGCGCGCGCAAGCGGGCGGAGGCCGAGGAGGCGGCGGUCGUCGUGAGCUGA